AUGCAGGAUGGUUGCCCACUAGCUCCCUUGGCCACUGUGUCUCGAGAAUGGCAAACAGAUAUCGAGCGACACAACUUUGCUCGAAUCAGACUCACUCUGUCACGCCUCGCCAACUUUCGUGCCAUAAUUCAAAGAAACCGAACUCUCGUCGGCUACAUCCGGUUCUGCCUGGAACUCGACGAGUACGACUGCACCACGUGCGCUCUUUCGCCCGGAAGGACGAUUUCAGAUGAGUUUGAAGAGGCACUUGCGAUCAGCGGCACAGAUAAGUGUCCCAUCACCGCGUCAUUCCAGGACCUUUUCUCACGAUUGAAACUUGAUAUCAGUCUAUACUCACCCAACGACUCGGAUUAUUGGUUCCCAUAUCUGACCUUUCUGCCUGAUACGCCUUCGGAUAUACUAGAUGAUCAUACUAUCGAGAAGGCGAUAGCGAAUCGAUACUAUCACGACCCUGAGGAUGGCUGGUUACACGGCUCUCGACACCUCGUCUCACCUCCUUGGAGCCUCAGGAAACUGUCCCAUCUAUUUAUGGAGCAGGGACCGUUUGACAGUGACGAAGAAGAGCUUGAGUGGUGGAACAAGCUCUCACCAGUCCCAGCCGUGACCAGUUCACUUCUUCGACAACAAAGCCGCCGGAGAUGGAAGCCAGAGUCGCUGGCACACAUGUUUGCCCGGCUUCCGAGACUCCAGGAAGUCCACUACGAACCGUGGAGGGAAUGGGAUAACCCGACGCAGAAUUCGACAGGCAGAGAUUACCAUAUUAACUUCAACCAACAGUACCCAGCCAAUGAGCGAAGACGCGAAUUCCUCUCGGGAGAAGAUGUCGGGACACACGCCCUUCGCAAGCCUAUCCGAGAUAUUGGCGAGAUGAUCACGCUCACCAGCCUCAGCCUCGAACAUCUCGCAGCAUCCCACUUCUUCGAGACCCGUCCCGACUUGGCGUGGCCGAACCUGAAAUCGCUUGCUCUCACUGCAAAGGUACUCACGUACUCAAUUGAGAUUGACGCCCUAAUUCUGGCAGCGGCGACAGUAGCUGAAAAGGUGCCCCAGUUAGAAACAAUGGAGACUUGGAACGGGCGAAAGGGGUUGGCAGUGCUAUUCAGGUACCAAGCUUUCCGUACCAAGCGGGAAGCUGUCCUUUCUCGGAGAGGAACGUGGAUGUUGGCCAUGGACUCAUCCGAACGGCUGAAUGAAGCUAAUUUUAAGUCUCACGGGGAUACAAUCCAGUACUUGAGACCCUUAGGCCGAGUCAUUCGGCCCGUGUCGUUGCAGCAGAUCCAGAUAGAACAGAAAGCCUCGGAAGGGGUAGCCACAGUUGAGUAG